AUGGGAACCUCGAGCACGACGCAUCCUUAUGUCAUGUGGACAGUGCACUUAGUUGAUCAAUUAAUUGCCAACGCAAUUGAUGGGAAAAUUAAAUCGGAAUCCCUCAUAAACACAUUCCGAAUGCGCUACCUGGAUUCGAAAGAAAAUAAUCCGGAUUUUACCUUUGGUCGUCCUGAAGUACAACUUGCCUCGGGUGAAUAUUCUUUACUUCUAAAUAUUAUCGGUGCAAAUACAAAUAAAGAAGUAGAUGCUAGGAUUGCAGAAAUAUUUUUUUAUGAAGAAAGAUUAGCCGACGAAUGGACACGACCGAACUCAUCAGUGUCAUUUUUUACAAUAUUUGGAACUAAUAAUGAAAUUGCGAAAAUAAUGAAUGAAGAAAUCAAAAAGUUAACAUCAUAA